CGCCUGGGCCGGGAACAUGGACUUCGCCCUCCUCUGGCUAGGGCUGCUGCUGCCUUUGGUAGCCGCGCUGGAUUUCGGCUACCACCACCAGGAAGAGAUGGAAGCGUUUUUGAAGGAUGUUGCCCAAAACUACAGUUCUAUCACUCACUUACACAGUAUUGGGAAAUCUGUGAAAGGCAGACACCUGUGGGUUCUUGUUGUGGGACGCUCACCAAAAGAACACAGAAUUGGGAUUCCAGAGUUCAAAUACGUGGCGAAUAUGCAUGGAGAUGAGACUGUAGGGCGGGAGCUGCUGCUACAUUUAAUUGACUAUCUUGUAACCAAUGAUGGAAAAGACCCCGAAAUCACCAAUUUAAUCAAUAGUACCCGGAUACACAUCAUGCCUACAAUGAACCCAGAUGGAUUCGAAGCUGUCAGAAAGCCUGACUGUUUUUACACUAACGGAAGGGAAAAUAAUAACUUCUAUGACCUGAAUAGAAAUUUCCCCGAUGCUUUUGAAUUUAAUAAUGUAUCAAGGCAGCCUGAAACUGUGGCAAUCAUGGAAUGGCUGAAAACAGAGACAUUUGUCCUCUCUGCAAACCUCCACGGUGGUGCCCUGGUGGCCAGUUACCCAUUUGAUAAUGGUGUUGCAGCAACUGGGUCGUCAUACUCCCGGAGCUUAACCCCGGAUGAUGAUGUUUUUGAAUAUCUUGCAAAUACCUACGCUUCAAGAAAUCUCAACAUGAGAAAAGGAGAUCAGUGUAAAAACAAAAUGAAUUUUCCUAAUGGGGUUACAAAUGGAUACUCUUGGUAUCCACUCAAAGGUGGAAUGCAAGACUAUAACUACAUCUGGGCCCAGUGUUUUGAAAUUACGUUGGAGCUGUCAUGCUGUAAAUACCCUCGAGAGGAGAAGCUUCCAUUCUUCUGGGAUUCGAACAAAGCCUCGUUGAUUGAAUACAUAAAACAGGUGCACCUAGGUGUCAAGGGUCAAGUUUUUGAUUAUAAGGGAAACCCAUUACCCAAUGUAAUUGUAGAAGUCCAAGACAGAAGACAUAUAUGCCCCUAUAAAACCAACAAAUUUGGAGAGUAUUACCUCCUUCUCUUGCCUGGGUCAUAUACAUUAAAUGUUACAGUCCCUGGACAUGAGCCACACCUCACAAAGGUGAUUAUUCCAAAAAAAUCCCAGGACUUCAGUGCUCUUAAAAAGGAUAUUUUAUUUCCACUCCGAGGGAAAUUGGAUUCUAUCCUAGUAUCAAAUCCUCCAUGCCCUAUGAUUCCUCUAUACAGUACUUUGCCAAGCCACUCAGCUGCAACAAAGCCUAGUCUGUUUUUAUUUUUAGUGACUCUUUUUCACAUAUUGCUCAAAUAAAGCAAAAUGUGAAACUCAACCCCAUCACCAUCUGGAAUCAGGGAUUACUCAUGCCAGGUUACUGCAAAUCUAACUCCCUCUGUGGGAUAACUGGACACACUCCACCGUCCUUCCCUAAGAAGAUAAAUGGUUGUUUCCAAGUCCUGCAACGAGCAAUGUGUGGUGGUAAUGAAAGGAAUAAUUAAGUCUUGAUGAUGAAUGGAAGACACCCACCUAUCGAGUACUGCCCACUUCCACUUCAUUUUAAAGUAGUCUUAGAAAUUUGUAAGAAGUUAAACUUGAGAAGCAAAACAAGAAGUUUCUGCAAGAAAAAAAGGAAGCUAAUUCUGUAAACAGAGAGCCAGAUGAAUAUAAGCAAUGAACAUGAACAUCUGUUGAUCACCUAUUAUAUACAGACCUUGCUACGAGUGCUAUAUAUGAAGAGAGAGUGCCAUGUACAGUCAGUUCUCAGGGCAGGGGAAAACGAUGACAGGAUUGGGAAUAUUUAGCUUUGCAGAUGUUCUAAGGAAAUAGAGAAAAUAGGCAACCAUGCCUCAGUGGCCCAAGAAAAUAUGGGCCUAAUGGGAUGACUAGGUGGUGCCUACAGAGUCCCAAAAUAAUGGGUCAAUUAAGUGUCCCUGCCUUUCUGUACCUGGAUGCCACAGUCCUCUGUCAUGCUGAUAACCCCCAAAGUGUAAUCCCAGCUUCUUGUCUGAGCUACAGACUCACACCCAAUUGCCCACUGGAUAUGCAUCCACCUGGACGAGACGAAGAGGUACCUCUAACUCAUGUUGAAGACUGAACAUACGUAUCCCCCUAGAUCUUCUUUCUCCUCUGUUCUGGUCUCAGUGACUGGUACCACCACACUAGAAACCUGGGAGUUGUCCUUGACACUCCCUCCUCAUCCUUCCUCCAACAUAUUCAGUCAGUCACUGAAGACUGAUGUUAACUAUAAAUGCUGAUUGAUUCUACCCUCCCUCCAUGGCUGCUAACACCACCAGGUUUAGGCCAUCACAGCUCACCUGCCACUGCAACAGCUCUGCCAGGUCUCUCGCUCCCACCUUCCUCCUCUGCAGAUCCCUCCUCCACACAGCACUGGGGAAGGGGUCUCUUCGAAACAAAAAGCAACAACCUACUGCCUGUCACUCCUACACACCUGAUGUCCUGUUUGUGUCCUGUGCUGGAAUGCCACCCUGACCCACAUUUUCUUUCUCCCUCUUCCUUGAAAACUCAGUUCCGGCAUCAACCCCUGCAGGAAGCCUUUGCUGACCAUUACCCCAUUCCUUCCCAUUGGCCCCUCCCAGUCAGCCUGGGCCCUUCCUCUUGGCUCCCCAAAAGAAGCAGGUUCCCUGUGUUACUGGAUUUACAGCACUGUAUUAAGAUCUUCUACUUCCCUGGGUGACUUCUCUAGUAGAGCAUGAGCUCUUUGAGACCAGAGGCUAUUUAAUUUGUUUGAAAAAUGCAUUUUUUAUGUCCUCAGAGAACAUAUUAGGAACGGAAUGAAGGAACAAAGGGCUCCAGCAAUCUGCUACUUCCAGUCUCCCCCAGAAACUGUCUAGGGCUUUGAGUCAUUUCAUGAAACUAGACCUCAUGCUUUGGACAUUUCUGGCUCACUAGUAACACUGACAGAAGAGUGUUUUCAUAUAUGUAUCAAGAAAUAAAUUCAAAUAUGGUGCUUUUACUAGACUUUGCAUUCAUCCUAAGAUUCAUAGUAAAGGCAUGUUAGCUCUUAACAGCUACCUUUAUUUUUAACCAU